CUGCCAAAUACAUGGGAAUUUGAAUUCUAGUUAAGCUAAGUGAAUGCAAGAAAAGAGCAAAACUCUUAUACCAAAAUCCAAAAUCGACCUCAUUGCAACCUGAAAGAUGAGCUACCCUUUAAUGCAUAUGAUUGACGCAGGAAUUCUCCUGCACUUCCCGCAUCUCCACUUGAAAUUUGGAUUUUGAGAUCCCUCCUUUGUUAGAGAUCAAAAAGCUUAAAUACUGAGAUCUAUGAUCAAGAUAUGAUCAUCUUAGAUUUCUCUGUUCUUCUUCCAUGGAAGGUUCAAGAGAACUUAUGAAUAACGAUUUUAAUGGGCCACGUAGAAACCAAUUUUCGUUUCAUCAUGGCCACCCGUCAAUUCCAGCGCCGGAAAUUUCGAGCCGGAGUUUAGGCAUUAGGCACACAUGUCAUGUGCUUGGGCCACCAACACGGUCUUUCUCGACGUCCCAUUUACCGAUCUUCAGGUUGGGAGCCCGGCCCGCCCGGAUAAUCUCGCUUCCGAUUCACCGGAAAAAAUUAAAAAAAAAAAGAGAAAGCAAAGCUUUAAAGGGCAGGAAAGCAUCAUUUUCAUCUUGCUCUUUUACCUCCCAUCCUUGACACGAGGACUACUGUUUCUGUUCCACCUAUUCUAAACCGACAGUCUUGAUCGAAGUUCAGCAGAUCAAUUUUGCUCCGAACCUCCAACUAGCCGAAUCUUUCUCUGUCAUUCUCGGUUUCGUUCAAUCGCUUUCAAUUUUAUAAACUUUUUAGCCGUAUCCAGACAGGGAAAUGGAUUCUGCGCCUUGAGCAUUGAGUUGACAAUCAUUUUCUUCAGGGGCGUGUCGCCUUGGAGUUUAUUGGCAUCAUGUGAUGCGAAUGAAUGAACGUGAACUUGGGGAAUUUGAUCAAAUACUCUGAUGAAUUGUUAUGUAUAGGAACGAAGAUUUAGGUGGUGCUGUUUCAUUAAGCUGAUCAGGGAAGGAAAAAAUGAACAGAGAAGACGGAAUGGUUGGGGUCUGCAGGGCUACCACUUUAUUGAAUUACUUUGUCAAUUCCUUAGUCUAUAUUUUAGUCGCUUCUUCUGUAGAAUGCAGCACCACCAGCGAGUUCGAAUCUCUUCUCGAGCUCCCUCGAUCUCACAAACGGCCACAGGACCGUGUCAAAUCGGUGACCCAUGUUUCUGUAAAGGAUUUCGGAGCAAAAGGAGAUGGGUACACGUCUGAUACGGAGGCGUUUAAGCGAGCUUGGAAAAUCGCUUGCUCCUUCUCCCCCGCGGUUCUUGAGGUCCCAAGAGGAGAGACGUUUGUGGUUGGCCCAAUCGACUUCCCUGGAGGUUGUUCAUCUAAAGUUUCUCUGUUGAUUUAUGGUAAAAUAGUUGCUCCAGAGGAGCCAGGUUUGUGGGAAGGAUGGAAUCCGAGGAGGUGGUUAUACUUCCAUGGGGUUGAUCGCCUUACUAUUAAAGGAGGAGGAACCAUAAAUGGCAGGGGAUCAAAAUGGUGGGACAGAUCUUGCAAGAUCAAUUCCAGCAAUCCAUGUGAACCUGCUCCUACGGCCAUAACUUUCCACAGAUCAAAGAAGUUGUAUAUCAAGAAUUUAGAACUUCUAAACAGUCAGCAAAUGCAUAUGGCAUUCACAGAAUGUUAUAAUGUGAAGGUUACUGGUUUAAAAGUUACAGCUCCACCAGAAAGUCCCAACACUGAUGGUAUCCACAUAAGCGCAUCCAGCCAAAUUUCAGUAAAAAAUGUGGCUAUUAUGACAGGUGAUGAUUGCAUUUCCAUAACAACCAAUUCUUCAAAGGUUCGACUAAGAAAUGUAACAUGUGGACCUGGCCAUGGUAUAAGCAUUGGGAGCUUGGGCAGGAACAAUUCAUGGGCCGAGGUCCAUGAUGUGCUUGUUGAUGGAGCCUUUUUGAACAACACAGACAAUGGCGUCAGAAUCAAGACUUGGCAGGGAGGCACUGGUUUCGUCGAACAAGUCACAUUCAGGAACAUAGUGAUGGAGAACGUAUCAAAUCCAAUAAUUAUUGACCAGUAUUAUUGUGAUUCAUUUGUUCCAUGCCCCAACCAGACCACGAAUGUAAAGGUGAACGGGGUUACCUUUUCUAAUAUCAAUGGAACAUCAGCCACCAUUGAAGCAAUCAGGUUCACAUGCAGCGACAGUUUUCCUUGUCAAAAUCUGUAUUUAGAAGAUAUUCAGUUAAAACAAGCUUUAGGCGAACCUGCAGAAGCAUUCUGUUGGAAUGCCUCAGGGCGAAGCUCAGGGUCUGUAUGUCCUUCUCCUUGUUUUGAUAUGCCUUUUAUAAGUACAUUUGGAACAUCCGCCCGUCAUAGCUCUCAGUAAUUUAUUUUUAGAAGCAAAAUUACUCUCUCUCUCUCUCUCUCUCUCUUUUGUUCUUGUAGUUAGGGACUUCUUGUCCCCAAAUUUUGUUAUAUAUUUCCAUUUUAUUC